GUUCCACCUACAUUGCAUAUUUCACCCGCAUGCUGGGUCUCCAUACUGCCAGGCUCAUCAUCAGAUAUUAGCAGACGUAAUUGUUACCAAGCAUCCGCAGCUGAACAAGCUCGACCGUAUCGCAGACGUCAAACACAUCAUUAAGGCUAUGGGCUUGUUUUAUAUGCUAGGCAUUCCUCAUGGCGCCGGCGCCGGCACUGGCACUGGCACUGGCACCGACAACGACUACCAAAAAAGUGUGGACGUCGUUGAAGACAUGACCCUCUCCGGAUUGGAGAAGCUCUGUCUGAUUCAGUCGCUGUACAGGGACCCUACGUGUACGCUAUGGGCGAUUGACGUCGAGUUUACGACAGUCAAGUAUGCUGACCCAGUGCCCUAUACUCUCACGAUUCGGGAUGCUAGGUCUAAAGCCGUUGUCAUCUGCACCAACAUCGACCACGAUUCAAUUCUGCUCACAGACUUGGAGGACCGUAUCAGAGAGCAUUGGGCUGACGCGGCUGGGUUCAACGAAGCCAGCUUUGUCAUACCGCACUUUGCCAAAGCCCUCCCUGCACGCACAUACUAUGCGGACGACAGAACUGAUGGCAUAUCCCUCAACGCAGUAGGCGACAUGAUGAGGGCAGCUGGAUGGGAUUCAAACACACACAAAAUUAUUUGCUGAUAUAGCGGUCUUGACAUGAACGUUGCUCGGCGAGCUCUCAAAGGCAUCAAUACUUUGCUCGGCCGUUCGUCGACCGCUUCGCUUGCCUCACAGCUUGGUUCCGACAAUGUUCCAGUCUUUCAGCCGUUCAAUCUCGGCCCGUUUGUUAAGAGCAACACAACCCUGGUGAGUGGGAGGUUGGGGUACGUAUAUCGGUCGUUGUUUCCCGACUCACCACUGAACAUGCACGUCUCGGAUAAUGAUACCUUGGCGAUGUGUCGUAUCCUUGAGUGGGUUGAUGCAAACUUCAAGGGCUGAACAUAC